AUGUUGGCAGUUCUGUUUCGGCGAGAGCGAUUCAACCUCGCGUUCUGUGAGACGGUCGGAAUUACGAUGGUGAUUUCCGGAGGGCUUGAGCCGUCGCUAGAGCGCGCUGCCACCUCGUCGGCUGCGCCCGCCAAUUCCCAGACGGUGGCCGAAAAGGCGACCACGGCGACAAAACCCCCGCCGCCGCCGGCUACGAAGCCCGGGACAGCAGUCUCUGAAAUGCCUCCUCCCCUCGCACCCGCGGUUCCUGCUGCGGUGUUAACGCCUGCCGAAUCUGCGCCUGUCCCUGCGCCGUCCGCUCCGGCUGCUGCCGCCGUUCCCCUGGCUCCCCCUGUCGUGGCGCCAGCGACUGUCUCUGUCGCGGCUGGUGUUGAUCCGCCUGUUCCUGUUCCUGCCGCACCUGUUGCACCGCCCGCUGCUGUCCCCGCCGUGUCGGCGCCUUCCGCUGCUUUGUCACCGCAAGCGGCGUCCGCCACCACUGCCGGCCCGGCUCCGUUGGUUGCGCCCUUGGCGCCUGCUGGGACGCCGGUGGCCCCGGCGGGUCAGCUGUCACGUCCCUCCUUGCCUGACCGCCGCCUGUCUCGCCCCCAUUCUCCUGCGCUCCACCAGGAGCGCGCGUCGUCAAGGCGCCGGCGUGAAUCACCUCGGCGCAAUCACCAGCAGGCUCAGUGGCCUGCUCACCCUGGUGGCCAUAGAGGCUGGAGGGGUCCCCGCGGGCGUGGUGGUGGCGGGGCAUACCGGCCGCCUGUGACCAUGGCAGAUCUUCAGAGGGAGGUUUCGAGGGCCGUGCCCGAGGAGAGGGCAGCGCAGAACCAGAGUAGUUCGCUGCGGGCCGCGCCGGCGCAUGUGGCUCCACGUCAGGCUAUCCCUCCCGUGGAUCUUCCGCCAGCAGCUGCACGUCCCUCUCCUGUCCUUGCCCCUUCGGCUCCUGCUCCUACUGCCUCGGCUGCUGAUCCUGGGUCUCGUCUUCGCCUGCCGCCCGUUCCGCCGGUGGCGGGUGUCGAGUUCGUUCCUACUGUUGGGGGGGCGGCGGGGGCGCAGUACCCUCCUUAUCUUGCUGCUGAUGAGCCGCUUCCGUUCUUGGCGGUGGCACUUCAGCCCCCGCAGACCCGUGUUCCUGAGGCGACGCUCGGACAGCUGCACCAUCUUGCGGAGAGCCUUCACGCGCUGCUGCUGAUUCAGGUGCUGGCUCACUCGUCCCUCCCUGCAAUUCCUGCUGACUCGUUUCAUGACCGGCCGCACGAGACUUGCCUGGACGCGGCGGACCAGCUCGCACAGCUGCUGGCGCCCGCGUUGGCUGCGCCCGCAGAGGGUGGCGCUGCGGCUGUGGGACAGCUUGACGAGGCUGUCCGGGGCUUGAGGCGACACUUGCGUGCAGGAUCUGGAGCCGCGACGAUCGGCGCAAGUACGCUGUUGGUCCGUGAGCUGUGGCGGACGUUGACGGGCAUUCUCCAUGCCCUCGGAGCUCAAUGGAUGUAG